GUCUCAGAUCAAAAACGAAAUUACCCUCACAGACAAGCUUGCAACCUCACGAGAGAAAGUAUCUCUAUGCGCUACCUGUUCCGAGUGCUUGCUUCAGUGUUGACGACAGCUUCUUUCGCGACGAUGUGUUUUUGAAAAAGGCCCGAUAGACUACAUCAAGCACAUCGAGGAACUAUUUCACCUAUCAACGUAGAUUGACGUCAUCCACGACACCAAGCAAUCAAAAACGACCUUCAUCACCAUGUUGACGCCUCGUUUCCUCCUUCUGCUACUUUACACCGUGUGUGUCCUCUGCGGUAUCAGCUUCAUCUACAGCUACUCCGCGUGGAAGGGCGAUUUCCGGCAGCAUUUUGACUUUGACGAGGUAACCGCGGCGUACGUGUUUACCUAUGCGAAUCUGGGGCAGAAUUUCGUGGUCCACAUGGGCUACCUGUACGACAAAAAGGGCAUGGUAGUCACCUCCGUACUCUCCGGUUUUCUCAAGCUGGUCGGCAACCUAGGGAUGUUCUGCGUGGCGGGCGCGAAGGGCUUUUUUCCCGCAACCCAAUUCUCCCUCUUCCUCGCGCAAAACAAAUCGCUCCGCGCCACGCUGUUCGGCCUCUUCUUCGCGAUGGACGCCCAGGCCACCGGGGCCGCAAUCAUCAUGGCCCAGAUGGAAGCCCAGAAGAAAACCCCGGCGCAGUUCAAGGGCAUUGUGGGCAGCAUUUGCGCCGCGUCGUUCGGGCUAGGCGCGACCCUCUGGGUCGCUGCGUACGACUCCUUUUUCAAGCCGGACAUCGAGCAGCACUUCUUCUUCUCGGCCAUGGUGUCCGGUCUGCUGCUUUUGGGUUACGCUCCCUUCACGAAAUUGCUCUUUUCAACAUCUGCUGGACCUUCAACAACUAGUAGUACAGCAGGAGUUCUUGCAGAAGAUCAUGGUGCGAACGAGGACGCCUCGUCCUCUCCGGAAAAGAACAAAAGAACCGCCGCAGGAACGUCUUCUUCCUCGGCAAGCACAGCUCCAGCUGCUAGUACGAACACCCCUAAAAUGACCCAAACCCCAGUUAGUGUAUUGUCCUCUCGAGGAUCCGGGCGCAACCGGUCCAAAACCCCCGGCACGGCGAAGCAAACCACCCGUCGCAGCUCCAGCGCCCUGCGGAGUCGGUCCAACAACAAGAUCAAAAAAGGGCCAAAAUCUUCUGGUGCUACCGGGGGAACAAGUAGUACGCAGGCAGGUUCAUCUUCCAGUAUGGCGCAGAUCAUCCUCGGCCGCGAUUUUAUCGCUUUAUUUUCCGCCACCCUGGUGACCUGGUCCGUUGCCAUGGUGUUCAUCGCGCACCUCGGGUCCAUGGCGGACGCCGCGGGGUUCACCGACAAGGAAUCCGCGAACGUGCGGUCGCUGUAUUUCUCCUCUAGCACCGUGGGGCGGCUCCUGGCCGGCCCGAUCGUGGACUUGACGGUGCGGCUAUGCAGUACAAAUUUCCCGUUCAUGUAUAAGAUGCAUCACAAAUUUUACCAAUUUGGAGUGUAAAGCUUGUCAUGAUAAACUAGGAAAGAAGAAACUGAAACGUUUUGCAGGUGUGGUGGGUAGCUCCCGACUGGUCGGUACUUUUAUUGGGGCGACUUGCCGUGGUAGCGCUCGGCUUUUGUAUGAUGAGGUCGCCGAAAGUGCUUCCUCACCCACCCCCCGGGGAGGGGAUCCUUGACCUGUGGCGCUGGGUGCGGGUGUCCACUACAUGAUGAUGAUGAUGUUUUGCCAUGCAGAGACCGCAUUUGUACGUGUACGGGAAAUUUACUGUGGAUAGCGGCAGAACACGAUGAAGUCCUUGACGUUGGAGUUCUGGGUGUGGAUGACCACGUUUGUCACCGGGUGCACUAUCGCACGUAAAAAGUUUUUCCCUGUAAGGAUUUUGCAAGUUUUGCAUCACAAGCUUGUCCUACAUCACAGAGAAAAUUUGCCAUGCGAGAUCGCUAAGGGAAAACACAGCUAAAAAUCCACUGUCUUGCAUGUGUGGCAAGACAAAUACUUCUCAGAUACAUAUUCUGCAUUUACAAGUUCACAGUGAAGCAGUUUUUUCUUGCGAUAUGCACCACCACCGGACUGAUUGCCACGGGACUGCCGACCUUCCUCACGCCCGCCGCGGUCAUCAUCGGCUUGGCUUUCGGGGCCAUCUCCACCCUGGUCCCGCUGAUGUGUCGGCAGCUGAAGCAGGAGGUGGCCGGGACGCUGUACGCCGUGGCGAAGGUGGGGUCGCUGGUGUUGAGCACGGUGUGGAUCGGCCACGCCGGGAACAAUUUGGAAGUUGUGAAGAAGUUGGGCCCCAAAAACGGACAGAACGGUAAAACCUGUCUGGGCAACGCGUGCUACGAGCCGACAAUGUUUUUCAUCACGUUUGUCUCGCUGCCGUUGAUCUCGUACACCGCCGUGUGGGCCAUGCGGAGCUUGGCGGUGAAGUGGGGAUUUGUGGACGGGGUCGAGGACGGGGAGACGGGAGGAGGAGGAGGAGGUGGAAAGAUGAAGUUGAAGAAGAGUUGAAGAUGAAAGUGUUUUUGCAAAGACAGAUGACCGAAUUCAUUUUCCGCUUUCCAAACACGGUGCAGUGAUGCCGUACAAUACUUGUACGUAGUGGCUAGGAUCAUAUUUUAUUUCAUUUUGCCAAAUUACAAGCACGAGAGCCGCUCUCGAUCGCAGGGACGGCCCCGACGUUGAGUUGCAAAUUGCCGUUCCCUGUUACUAGCAGCACUUGAGAGGUAUUCCCAUCGGAUGCAGUGCCGCUCGCUGAUGUUCGGCAGCGAAGGUAGUUGUCUGUUUCCC